AUGGGUGGCAAGGCCUUCGCUCACGCGAAUCCUCCCCUGGAGACACCUCGAAUGUCUCACACGGCAUAUCUGGAGGCCAAAAACACAGUCGUUCGACGCCUGAAUGAGAAAUUCUACUGGACUAAUGUUCCGAUGGAAGGCCCCGGCAAGGAAGACCACGGCGACGUCGAUGUCCUCGUCUGCGACAUGAAAGGAAUCGAUAUCUUCAAGGAGACUGUACUUGAUGCCAUCUCUAACGCCCUCGGAGCUGAAUCCAGAAUCACUGAAGGUGGCGCCAGUCACUUCUCUGCUCACUUCGCUAUCCCAUGGCCUGAGCAUAUCCCUCUUCCCCAGGCAAAGGGAAAACCAACUCUUCGUCCACCGAUUGUUUCCAUCACUCCUCCGUCACCUCCGCGCCCUUCUACUCGUUCUACUCUGACUGCCACUCCUGGAAACCUGUUCAAGCUUUCUGAAAACGUUCCUACGGUUCCUCCUGUCAGCACUACUACUGGAAAGCCUCCCCUGGAUUCAACCUUGCCUUCUCCUUUCGGUCCACACCCUAACCCCCUUGGUUCAAACCCUGCUCUCUAUAUCAAAGAAGCUUCUAGUCCUGACGCAGAGCCAAGUGCCGCGAAGGACUCAAAAUCAAACGAACAAACCGACGCUACAGUCGCGGGCUCACAGACGAAGCCCUUAUCCAACGAUUCUGAUGGCGUUAGUAUCACCUCUUCAGAGCGUAGUCAAGCAUCUGCUGCAACGGCUCCUGUGACUGGCAAAUGGGGAACCCUCUCUUAUAUCAAGAGGAAAAUGAAAACCGGCGACUCAUCGUCUCAGCCUAGUGCUACCCUUCCAGCUAUUCCUGCUCAUGGAAAUUUCAGAAUCAAGAGAAGGGCUGUCCCAAAGUCGAUCCUGACUGAUAACCCUUUCGUUGCCCCGCCUUCUGGCCCAGUUCACGAUAACCCGUUCCGUGACCCUCCCCGCGUCUUCAUCCAAGUUGACGUUCGAUACUGUCUUUCAAGAAAGCAAGCUAAGUACUUGCGCUUCUUCGAGUCGCACGGCGACUUUUGGCAAAUCGUGGGGUCCAUCAUCAGUCCCUAUGGUCUUACCGUGGACGACAAAGGUCUUCACAUCCGGGUGGAAGAAGGGGAACGCAUCAACCGUAAGAAAGCUAAGAUCCUCCUUACCAGCAAGCCGGAUGAAAUCCUGAUGUUCCUUGGACUCCCCGUUGCUGAAUACUGGCGUCCCUUUGCCACCACCAACGCUAUGUUUGAGUACAUAGCCAAAUGUCCCAUGUUCUCUCGAGGCUGCAGCACCUUUCAGGAAGAGAUGGGCGUCGUCACUUCUAACGAGCGUCGACGCAUGGCCUCGCGCCCUAUCUAUCGAGAGUGGGUUCAGGAGUUCAAGCCUCGCUUCCUACAGAGAGGUCUGGAUUUCGGGAGCCCCUUGACCCGUGAUGACAUCAAAGAGAAGGCCUUCUAUACUUUCAAGAUAGAGUCUGAGUACCACGCCCGAGUCCGAUCAUUCAUCCUGGGCUCACAAAGAGAGGAGCUCCGAAAGUACAUCAAGUCGCUCGUCCCCCUAGAGGACAACUCCACCCCGGCCAAACAAAGACGAUCCAAGACAAUUAAGGCCAUGUCCGCCAUCGUCAUUGAUGGCAUGGAUGCUUCCGAGUUCGGGAUCGCCGCCCCGGCCAAGCUCCUCCGGGGAAAUGGGACGUGGGACAUGCCACGCACCGAGGAGUGGAUUCGCACCAAGGUGCAAUUCGUUGGCCGCUAUGCCAACAUGAGCGCGGUAGAAAAGGAGAAGUUGAGGGCAGAGUCGGCGAAGAGGAAGGCAGAGCGCGGCUAG